AUGUCUACCAGAAACUUUGAGGAUGCCAUCGAUAAACUAAACUCACUGCAAUCUAAUUUCGCUGCGAUAGAAGCUUCAAAGGCAUCUGGAGGUCGUAUGGUCCAAUUCGCCAAGCAUGAGACGAUAGAAUACCUUGGGCGGAUUGGCUACUCGCCCGAAGAUUUGAAUCGUUUAAACGUCAUUCAUGUCACUGGAACAAAAGGAAAAGGCUCUACGUGCGCAUUCGUUGACUCUUUGCUCCGCUCAUCGGAUCCAGAGCGAAAGAUUGGCCUCUUCACGUCUCCACAUCUCGUAUCUGUGCGCGAAAGAAUCCGCAUAAAUGGCAUCCCAAUCUCAGAGGAAGACUUUGUCCGCUUCUUUUAUGAAGUUUGGGACCGACUGGAAGCCAACGACAACCGGAAAUACGAAAGCACACCGGCAAAGCCAAUGUACUUCAAAUACCUCAAUCUAGUAGCCUAUCAUGCAUUUCUUACGAUGAAGGUCGAUACUGCAAUCCUCGAAGUUGGAAUUGGCGGCGAAUACGACAGCACAAAUAUUGUACCCAAGCCCAUUGUUACAGGAGUGACGUCUCUUGGAUUGGAUCACGUCGCUACCCUUGGAGGGACACUGGCCAAAAUUGCAUGGCAAAAGGGUGGAAUUUACAAGACUGGUGUACCAGCCUACACUGUGCCCCAGCCCGCUGAAGCGCUGGAAGUCCUUCGUGAGCGAGCUGAGGAAAAGCAGUCUUCAUUCUUCCAAGUCGUUGAUAUACCGUCGGAACUUGACACAGUUCGUCUAGGUAUAGAAGGUGUACAUCAACGUCAAAACGCGGCUCUUGCUCUCCAUCUCGUUGACACGUACCUCAAAGCCCAACGUGGUGCAGAGAUUGACAAGCCGUCUCUAGAACUUCCCCUCAAACCCGAGUACGCGCGAGGGCUUGAAAAGGCGCGUUGGCCCGGAAGGUGUCAAGCUGUUCAUGAUCCAAUUGAUCCAAAGUCGACGUGGUAUCUGGAUGGUGCACAUACUGUCGAAAGUCUGGCCGCCUGCGCAGAAUGGUUUACGACUCCGAAUGUUGGUCUCAGAGAUGGUCCUUUACGUGUCCUGAUAUUCAACUGCACCCAUGGGCGGUCGGGAGCUGCACUCCUCAGGGCCUUUCGAGAGGCCGCACAGCAAAAAUUGCAGGCGCAUCAUUCGACUCUCACUACCGACACGCUCUUUGAUCAUGUCAUGUUUUGCACGAAUGUGACGUAUUCCGACGGGACCUUCAAAGGCGAGUUUCUACAGAAGGGCCUCGACCAAGCAGAUCUCGAUCAACUCAAGACCCAGACAGAGCUCGCUAAUGCGUGGCUCGAGCUGUGUCCUUCCUUUUCACGGGAGAAAGUACAUGUUCUCCCAAGCAUUCAACACGCCGUUAAACUCGCUCAUCAUCUACGCGAAACUCAGGAGAAGCCAGUCGACGUGCUCGUAACGGGCAGCCUUCUGCUUGUUGGAGGGUUGAUCGAGGUGGCCAAUUUGACCAAAGUGGCGUUGGACAUGUGA